UCUAUGCUCGUCUGCGUUGCAGUAGAGUGUAGAAAAUAGCGGGGAUUGGUGUGUGGCCCUCUAAAACGCAGAGCCCAUCGACGGUGGUACACGGACGUAGCGCGCAUUCAUCGCGCAACUUGACCGUCUACCGACGUGAUAUGCAUGUGUUCACGCGGGCUCAUAUUCAAGAAACAGAGGAAGACAAAAAAGCGUUCGCGCCUGCAUAGCAGAGCGAGGCGCGUGGUGCUCGUGUCGGUGCCACGGAUCCGAACACCAUCGUCUCGCAGGAUGUUUCGCGCAUACCGGAGUCUACCCAUGUCGAAGACAGGUUCCAGGGACAAGGAUAAAGAAAAGCAUGACUACAACCCUACACGCAUGCCACAUACCAUCAUGUCCCCUGAAGAAUUGGCUGCAGGGAAAAAAUCUUACUGGCCAGAGCUGGAGAUAACAGGUGUCGUCCGUAACCUGAGCCCUGCACUGUGGCAGUUAUCACAUUUACGCUGCCUGUACCUGAAUGACAAUUGCCUGACACGCUUACCGCCAGGCAUUUCCCAACUAGCAGGACUAACCCACCUGGAUCUAAGCUGCAACAAGCUACGUUCUCUGCCGGCUGAGAUGGGUGAUAUGGUAAUGCUGGAGCAGCUGCAUUUGAAUCACAACCAUCUUCGAGUACUUCCCUAUGAGUUGGGAAGGCUCUUCCGUCUGAACACUCUCGGACUCACUGGAAACCCACUGGCACCAGAGCUCUUCAACUUGUACAACGAACAAAACGGUGUAUCAAGGCUCUUGACAUACCUGUUGGAUAACCUUGUAGAUGCAGAACGCUGGAAGGAAGCCUUUAUUAUCGGACCCGACGGCCAACCAGUUUCAUCAUCACAACCCCCGCAGCGGCCAUGGGUACAAGUGAGACAUGCAGUGCGAUCUCAUCCUUCAACUUCAUUCACAGUGAUGUGCUACAAUGUGUUGUGCGACAAGUAUGCCACGAGACAGGUGUAUGGAUACUGUCCAGUCUGGGCACUUAGCUGGGAGUACCGCCGAAAAGGAAUAAUAGAUGAGAUUCGGCACUAUGCAGCUGACAUCAUCUCUUUGCAGGAGGUAGAGACAGAACAGUUUCACGAAUUUUUUCUGCCAGAACUCAGACGAGAUGGUUACGAUGGCAUCUUCUCUCCAAAAUCGCGAGCAAAAACAAUGUCUGAGAGUGACAGGAAGCAUGUUGAUGGCUGUGCUAUCUUCUUUCGAACUAGCAAAUAUAGAAGCGGCAAUGCCGUGAAACAUGCCAAGCUGCUCUCAAAAAACUUCGUGAUAAUGGCUUACCAGCAUGAAGACGCAAAUACCAAGACACAGAGACAUGCAUGUUUUAUGGCUCCUUUCUUUGUUUGCCUGCUACUAAUUUUUAUGCUGAAAGUAUGCUUACCUUACAUGUCCUUGUGUGAUGGUGCAGCCCAUCCGGAGCACAAGAGCCUGCUACCGUACCAACCACCGUUGUUGGUGUGCACAGCACAUAUUCACUGGGACCCUGAGUACUGUGAUGUUAAGCUGAUUCAGACAAUGAUGUUGAUGCGGGAGCUGCGCAUCAUUGUGGAUGACGCUGUACAGUUGCUUAGGGCUGGAUCUCUGGGAGGGCUGCACCGUCGAGCUGUACUGGACACUUCCAGCAUUCCACUCCUACUUUGUGGGGACAUGAACUCCCUCCCCAACUCAGGUGUUAUUGAGUUCCUGAAAACAGGCCAUGUCUCGGCCGACCAUCCUGACUUUAAAGAACUUGGCUACAAAGAUUGCCUGCGUAAGAUGUGCCUGGAAUCUGGUUCCCUCAUAGGUGGCUCAUACACUCAUCCCUUCGAGAUGAAGGAAGCUUAUGCAGAAGGAGUCAUGCCCUAUACAAAUUUUACGUUUGACUUCAAAGGAGUCAUCGACUACAUCUUUUUCACACGGCAGCACAUGCAAGUGCUAGGGGUACUAGGCCCUCUGGAUCCCCACUGGCUGCAGGAGAACAAGGUGGUUGGCUGUCCACAUCCACAUGUACCAUCAGACCAUCUGCCCCUGCUGGCCCAGCUUGAAAUAGCACUUGUGACUAACGGCCUGGUCCAGCGCAGGUAGCAACGGCUGGAGUGAGCCCUCCCCCAUCGUCUUCUGUCCCCGACUAGUACUGCGUGUGCACCCCAACUUGCUCGAGUCCAAUGGUCAGGACAUCAUGACUGCUGCUUCUCAGUGACCCAAUUUUUCUGUGAUCACUGCUGACAAAACAGCCUUUGUAGUGCCGUGUGCCAGUUGGCACCCACCUGCUUUGGUCAAUUCUAGUGUACCAUCAAAAAAAAGGUCUUGAUGCUCCUCCUCUGCUAACUUUGGUCUGGGUCAGCUGGGUCAGGAGCAUUAGUGGUAGCAGCAGCAGCAACAACAACGACCAUUCAAAUCCGGGUCACGGUUGACUGUUUUUCUUCCUUUCAACAACAUCUGCUCAAGCAAUCUGCAGUUAACAACUCCAAAAGGCUGAAGAAAGGCUGCCAUCUAGGUAGUAUAAAACAGUUGAAUAGGAAGAAUUGUACAUUCAAUACUGUCAUCGUACAGUUGACAUUUAAUUUGUUUCAUCGAAAGAACCGGUGUUUUAGUUUUCUUGCAUAAUUCUUUGAGCAUAGCUAUGUGGCCUAUUGCCUUUCCGCUGGAAAAUUACAAAUGCAAGCUCUUUCUUUUCCUGUAUCCACUUUGGGUAAAUAGUCAUGUUAGGUCACAUACGAGACACAGGAAGGAAGAAGUAGAAAUUCGGCUUUCACUGUUGUCAUCUUUGCUUCAUGUGUAUAACAGUAACAAAGAAGAAAAAAAAGUCAACUAAACACAAAUGAUGGCUAAUUUUGAAGUGAUUUUUUGUUUUAACUCCACCAAAGCACUUACCAUUUUUUUGCUUACUACCUGUAUAGCAAAGGUCAGCAAGAGUUCAUGCCUUUCGCAUUUAUGUAGAGCUUGUAUCUGAAAUAAAACUUAAGGUCACAUUUAGGCAGACAGAAUAAGCCCACAGUUAAUUAGAUAGAUUUUUGCUCUAUCAUAGAUGGCAGCCUGGGAGUUGCUAACUUUGGAAAAUGUGCUACAUGAAAUUGCUGCCAAACAAGUCUCAGUUUUUGUCUUGCUUUGAGGCAAGACAAACGAGGUCUGUUGAUGGAAGUAUGUAGUUUCUAUAAUAAAGUUGACCCAUCUUCUCCAAUUUCUUCUGCAAAGCAACACACAAGAAAACCUUAAGGACCAAGCAAGACCACCCCUCCUAUUAACACCUUUGUGGUGUGUGGCGUGGUGCAUCCUUUGACACCGUCCACUUGCCCAUUAUAGCCAUCUGAGCAUUGCCCAAGAAGAUUGCUUUUGUUUUACAUAAACCUUAAACUAGCACUUGAAUACACAAAAUAAAAUAGGAGUUCUGAAUUGUCCUUUUUUUUUUCUUAAAAAAAAAAGAGACAAUGUUACGAUUUUUUUUUUUUUUUGCAUCUCUGUGGAAUGUGUGAGGCGAGAUCUUGGACAUGUGAUCCAGGCAAGUGUUGAUGUGGUGUAGCAUUGAAGCCUGUCAAUGCCUACUUCAUACUUCACAUACAGGUGGAUGCUGCCCAUCUUAUGCAGCAAGUUGCAUGUAUGCUGCAGCUUAGAAAAUGCUGCCGAGUCCACAUAAAGGGAGGAAGGAACUGUUUCAGCAAUGUGGGCUUACCUGCAGUUUGACUUCAUAUAAAUGUCACGGUGCGUUGCCCUUAGCUGCUGACUAGCCUUAGUUUCAAUGGAACAUUGGCUGUCAUGAGUAACAAAACAUUGCUGACACAGUUCAUUCUCUUUGGUGCUGUAUGCUUAUCUUCCUGUGUAAUGUCUUUUCGGGUUGGAAAUGUUAUUGGAGGAUUGUCUUGUCAUGGCUGUGCCCUUGGAUACAUAGUUUUAGCAUGUGUAUCUGAAAUGGUGGGCUAAGCAUAAAUACAUGUGGUACACACUUAAUGACAAAUUUUGGUCCAAACUGUGAGUAUUUGCGUGAUGUACAGUCAUUCAUUGGCUAGACAUAUCAUAUCAUUUUUUUCCUGUUCAAACAUCACACUUAAUGGAUGACCCAGGGUUAAUUUUGAGACGGGGACUUGCAUUAGUACAUAGUAGGCUAGAAUUGUAAGGUGCUUGUCCAAGGUUAGUUUAAGAAAGAAAUUUGCAUUUUUUUUUUUUCAAUGGCAUGCUGUAGUAUGAUUGCUUUUUCUCUUCUCAUUUUUUUUGUAGUAGUUGUUGACCAUAGACAAAUAUAUCUUUUUAGUACUUUUGAUCAAUUUCUAUAACGGAGACCCAGAUGAGUCAUUAGUCAAAUCCUGCCCACUUUGUGGCCUGCCACGUAUAGAUUGUGUUAUGCUUUAGUUUUAUUCAAAGUUAGGUCAACAACUUUUUGUUUCUGUUCAGUGUUUCACACAGUGCUUAAGUCAUUUUCUUUGUCCUGUGUUCUAGUGCUAGCUGCUUGUGUACACUGCAUUAAUGUAUAUAGAAGCUAAGAACUGACGUGUCAUGAAGAGCUGGCUUUUCUCAUUGAACAUGACAAAAUUUUAAUUUUUUUUCUUUCACCGCAUUCAGUAUUGCAGGUUGUGUGCACAAGAUGAAAAAUGCAUCUGUGUGGAGCUGUUAUCUUUGCUAUGAUUGACUUGAUGUGCAUGUUCCAUUUUUCAUGCUAUUGCACCAUACAACAAGGGUCUAAAUUCCAAUUUUUCUAACCCUUUUUUUAUGGAUGUGUAAAGUCUUCUUGUUAUGAGUGUUGUAGAGAGUUCUUCAAAUUGAAAUAAAACAUGGUUGAAGUCCUUGCA